GUCGUCGUGUGCGGGUGUUGUGCGUAAACAUUGCCUUUACGUUCGUCGUAAGGGGUAUAUACGACGGCCACUCACAUUCUUCAUCUGUGGAUGAACCUGAUGAGUGGAUAAGAAGAGAGAGAGAGAGAGAGAGAGAGAGAGAGAGAGAGAGAGAGAGAGAGCCUUUACGUUCGUCGUAAGGGGUAUAUACGACGGCCACUCACAUUCUUCAUCUGUGGAUGAACCUGAUGAGUGGGUAAGGAGAGAGAGAGAGAGAGAGAGAGAGAGAGAGAGAGAGAGAGAGAGAGAGAGAGAGUCAAUGGGAGAGACGAAGGAUAUUGUGGGAAAGCCAUCUUCUACUUCUCCAGCCUCGGUGGUUAUGAAGCGAAAGGGCAAGGAGCAGGAGGAGGCGGAGGCGAAGGCAAGGGGGGGGGAGGAGGAGGAGGAGGAGGAGGAGGAGGAGGAGGAGGAGGAAGAUUUUGAUGGCGAUAAGGAUGGCGGAGGUUGGGACGACUGGAAGGAGGAGGAGGGAGAGGGGGGGGAAGUGGAAGAAGAACCGGUGCCUUGCCUUUUCUGUGAUCUGACUCUCUUUUCUCCUGCCAGCGCCUUCGCUCACUGCGCGACCUCUCAUGGGUUCGACUUUCGCCAUCUCCGCUCUGCAUUGAAGCUCGAUUUCUAUGGCUGCUUGCGUGUCCUCAACUACGUUCGUGCUCAGGUCGCUGCAAAACGAUGCAUUUACUGCAACGGGCCCUUUUCUUCUCGGCUGAUGCUCUUCGAUCACAUGGAACAGGAAGGUCAUUUCCGGCUUUCAGAUGGGGGUGAUGCUGAUGAUGAGCAAGGGAGGAUAGUCAGUGCUUGGCAUGAUGAUAAAUACUUGAUUCCGGUUUUGGAGAACGAUCCGCUUUUGUUCAGUUUAGAGGAGGAGGAGGAGGAGGAGGAGGAGGAGGUUCAUAAAGAAGAAGAAGAAGAAGAAGAAGAAGGGGAAAGAGGGAGUACUACUGGUGAUGGAAGUCAGCAGAGGAACGAAAGAGGAGGAGGGCAUUCAGGUCGUCGUGCUUGUGCUGCUGCACCCGAGGGUCAAGAUGGAUUGGUGAUUGCAAACCGUUCCUGGUCGUUGAUUGAUGGUGACGUGGCAGUGGAUGCGGAUCCCGAUUUGGUAGAAUGUCUUGUCGCCUUGCGCGAUGAGAUCAACGGCGGGCGCCUAAGUAACGAAAUCGUGGGUUCUAAACCCCAGCGAAACUCUGUUCAAUUGGCGGCUCCAGCUCCCAAGGAUGAUUAUUACCACCAACCUGGGGGAGGGGGAGGGGAGGAUAACGGAUCGAGCCCCGCCCCUCCCCUGCCCUUGGAGAAGAAGAAGUGCCAAAACGACGUAGCCAUCGGAUCAGGCAUCGAACCCCAUCAGGGACCGUGUGCCGCGGCUCUGCAUGAUGGGGUCGUUGCCAACGGUGCUGUCGACGUGAAAGGUGGCAUUUGCACUGCUGCCAAGAGCGGUCCAUCAAGUGGGAUCGGGAUCGGGAUGGGGACCUCACCCUCGAGCUCCCAUGCGCGGCGGCGGCGGCGGGCAAAGGGAGUGGCUGGAUGCGAUGGUGAUCACGAUGAUGAUGAUGAUGAUGGUGAUGAUAUUCCCGACUGUGUUCCAAUGGAUGAGGUAGAAGCGAAAGAAUCAACGGUGGCGGCGAAUGGCUCUUGCAUGACGAAAACGACAAGGCCAAAAAAACAGAAAGAAGAACUCAAAGUGCGAUUUGCUGCAGUGGCUGUGCAGGAGGCGCGGAAGUCACGAACGCUGGCGUAUCGAGAUGCAAUAAUGGGCAAUCCGUCCCUUCUAAAGAAUGCUGUUGUUUUGGACGUUGGAUGUGGCACAGGCAUCCUGAGCCUAUUUGCUGCCAAAGCUGGGGCUUCAAAGGUUGUUGCUGUUGAUGGGAGCGGGAAGAUUGCAGGCAUCGCACGGCAGAUUGCUAAGGCAAAUGGUUACCUAAGAGGGAGCGAAGGUGGAGAAAGGAGCAAAGAUGCAGAACGGAGAGAAGACGGGGGACAAUUGCAGAAAGGGAAUCCGGUGAUCGACAUCUUUGAAGGCAUGAUUGAGAAGCUGGAUGGAAUAUUGCCACUAGAGCCCCAUAGUGUUGACGUCAUUGUGAGCGAGUGGAUGGGCUAUUGUCUACUUUUUGAGUCCAUGCUGUCGUCUGUGUUGCAUGCUCGAGAUCGAUGGUUGAAGCCCGGCGGAGCCCUCCUCCCCGACACAGCAACGAUGUUCCUGGCAGGGGUUGGAAAAGAUGCAACAAGUCUUGCAUUCUGGGAGGAUGUUUACGGAUUCGAUAUGUCGUGUGUUGGGAGGGAUGUGGUCGAAGAGGCAGCACAGUAUCCGAUUAUCGACGUCGUCGAGCCAAAAGACAUUGUAACCACUGAUUGUGUGAUAAAGGAAAUGGACCUGAUGAGCAUAACUGUUGACGAUGUUGAUUUCACGGUGCCUUUUCACAUUCAUCCCUUGGGAUGUUCUUCUAGCAAGGCGACAGCUACCCAUGAAAAUGAGGGGACAAAUUGCUCAAAGGAAGAGGAUGGCUUUCUGAACUCUUCAGGUGAUCGAGGCUUGAUGGAGAAAGGUGGUGAUUCGACAGAAUGUCCAAGAGCGAGAAUGCAGGACGACCUGUCCGCAGCGGAGGCGCGGACCAAUGGGAAAGGUGGUGAUGAUGGGGUAGUCAUGUGUUAUGGUGUGGUUGUCUGGUUUGACACAGGUUUCACAAAGCGCUUCUGUUCCGAAAAGCCAACGGUGCUUUCGACAUCGCCAUACCGACAAAAAACACAUUGGUCGCAGUGCAUUCUAACGUUCCGUGAGCCGAUUGCACUUGCGAGCCACGUUGACAGUCCUCCGGUGCAUCUCGCACAGUCAUCCACAUCUUCAGCAGAGCCAAUGACAUCUUGCAGCGCGGCCAUUAGUGUCCAGCAGCAAAGACGGAGUGGGAAAGCGAAAGGCGCUGGCAGCCGAGAGUUGCCUGCCAUUGCCAUAAGAGGGCGCGUCAGCAUUGCAAGAAGUGCCAGGCAUAGGAGCAUUGACAUUUCGCUCGAGACGCAGGCAGUGGCAGCAGAUGGGAGCGUCCAGGAUUGGCCAGUGCAGAUGUUCGACAUUUGAGCGGCAUGAUGUCGUCGUUGUUUUCUUGCGGGUUGUGUGCAUGUGCAAACUGGGUUCUUGACCGUUGGAUGGAGGGAGCUCCAGCUCCUGAUUUUGUACAUCGUCAGAAUGCAUCUCAUCGGUGCGUGACACUGGAAUCUAUGCGACGAUCAGUGUGAACGGUCAUCGUGUUUUGUAUCGUUGGGCUUGUGAACGAUCAUCUUUUUUUGUAUCAUUUGCUGUGGUGGCUUUGGAUGAGCUUUUUCUGCUCCCCCAAUUCAAAUCUUUACGAACUCCGAACAGCAAGGCUGCUUUGAGUCUGGGCUCGAGCUGUGAAUCUUAAAAAGCUCUGCUCCUGAGGGGGAAUCGUGAGUCUCUCUUGAAGCGUGAACGGCAUCUUCAACGGACUUUGAUCAGCCCACCCAAACCACUGCAAACCACCAUGUUGUUGCUUUGCUCCCCAGGUGGGAUUCCGAGUCUGUCUCAAUGCCCGAAGGACAUCUUCAACGGAGUUUGAUCAGCACCCCAAGCCCGCCACUUUGGUGAACCCUCCUGCCUACCCCGGAUAUCAAACUAUUGCGGGGCUAGGCCUACUCCGAAUUGCAGGCCUAGGCGGGCUAGUCAGCUAAACCAACCUGUCGCUUCUGUUUCUACCAGCAGGAUACUAUGAAGGCAAGCAGGCCAGCGGUUGUUUAGGUAUGUGGAGUUUACCAAUUUCGGGAUUUUCCAGUGAUUGGCGGUGUGGAGGACCCUACUCAGGUCCAAUGCCAAUUUUGAGCUGAAUGGCCAUACUGUUUUCUUCCCUACUGUUUCGGAGGUCUUCCAUGUGUAGUGGAGCCUGAGAGUUAUCGCUUCGGAACUAUUUGACCUGCUUUGCAGCCUCUUGUGAGGUUUCAUGGGAAUGUUUAAGAGGAGGUGAGUGUGAAGGGGAGGUAUGUGGGGCGGGCAAGGGGACGUCCUAUGGAAGUAGCAGAGCGCAAUACGUGUUUAACAAUUUUAACUGUCUCUGCAGAAGUAGGCGGUGAGUGAACAGUGGUUGUGUUAGCCUGUUAAGUGGUUGCUGCACUGGAAGGAAGGGUGUGUGGCAAGUGUAUGAUGACGGCCUGCACAAGGCUGUUAGGAGAAGCAGAUGCAGCCGUCUGUGUGUGGGGCAUUAAGGAGUUCAGUGGGUGUGCGGUGUUGAGGAGUGCACUGAGUGCAACAUGUCUUGAGAUGUUCGCUGGGGGCGAGUUGACAAAGUGAUUAUGUUGGAAGGUGUUGAGGAGGAGGGGGAGGAGGGGGAGGAGGCGGUGGCCGCGGCGUCGGAGGAGGAGGAGGAGGCAUCUUGGCGCCGGGUGUUGAGGUAGGUGUGACUGUGGUUUAGGGUCUUUGGAGGAUCGAUGAAGUGAUAGAGUCAGGUAGACGAUUGACAGAGUUGUGGAAGAGUGAUGGAGUGAUGUUCCUGUGAAGAAUGAUCGGGUUAGAUCAGGAUAGGUAGAGGUUUUAAGAUGUCGGGUAGAAGCCAGAGGGGACUGCAAGUUUUUGCACCCUUGCUGUGCUCGCAGGUGAUAGUGCUUCAGAUAC